AUGGCCCCUGCAACACUUCCUACCAAGUCUUUGGGCCGCAAUGGCCCUCUUGUCUCAAGAAUAGGCUUUGGAGCCAUGGGCCUCAGUUCAAUGUACGGAUUUGGAGGCACUGACGAAGACCGUUUCAAAGUUCUGGACCGCGCCCAUGAAUUAGGCAACACUUUUUGGGACACUGCAGAUGUCUACGGUGACAACGAGGAAUUGCUUGGCAAAUGGUUCAAGCACUCCGGAAAGCGGGACGACAUCUUUCUUGCUACCAAAUGCGGCGCAGUUUUCGAUGCCGCUGGAAACGCUUCUAUUCGCUCUGAUCCGGAGUAUGUACGACAAGCGUGUGAUAAAUCGCUUGGGCUGCUGGGUGUUUCUCACAUUGAUCUCUUCUACCUCCACCGACUCGAUAAGGAGACCCCAGUAGAGCUUACCAUCAAGACUCUAGCAGAAUUAAAAGAGUUAGGGAAAAUCCGACAUCUCGGACUCUGCGAGGUCUCAGCGGCGACCCUUCGGCGCGCGCAUGCCGUCCACCCCAUCACGGCCAUCCAGGUCGAGUACAGCCCCUUCUCGGUAGACAUUGAGAAGCCCCAGAUCGAUAUCCUCAACACGGCAAGAGAACUCGGCAUUGCGAUUGUGGCUUACAGCCCCCUGGGACGCGGCAUGUUGACCGGGCAGAUCAAAUCACCCGACGACUUUGACGCUGACGACUUCCGAAAGAGUCUCCCGCGAUUCUCCAAGGAGAACUUCCCGAAGAAUCUUGCAUUGGUGGAAAAGAUUGGGACCAUUGCCGCGAGCAAAGGCGUGACGCCCGGACAAUUGACUUUAGCGUGGCUCCUUGCGCAGGGAGCUGACAUUUUCCCCAUCCCAGGUAGCACUAAGAAGAUCAAGUAUCUCGAGGAGAAUCUAGGAGCCGUGAACGUCGUGCUCAGCAAGGAGGAAGAGGCAGAGAUCCGCAAGGCCAUUGACGAGACAGAGAUCAUUGGAGGUCGCUAUUCGGAUGCGCAUUCGGACCAUCUAUUUGCUGACACCCCGGCACUUGAGGCCAAAUGA